AUGUCGUCCAACGUAAAGCGAGCCAGCAGUGCCGCGAGCGCCACGAACGCCGACACGGCUUCCAGCGCCUCCGAGACCCCGGUCCCAUCGACCACUGCUGCUGAUUCCACGACAACUACGUCCAAGGAAUCGACUACAACAACUUCUUCCUCUAGCGAAGCACCGACCACGAGUUCCACCUCCAAGUCCACCACGACUACUUCGUCCUCGAGCGAGCCGACCACAUCAACGACUUCAUCGACUUCAUCGACUUCCUCAUCGGAAUCUUCCUCUACCCUGGCUCCCUCCACAACUUCUGAUUCGACGUCAACAACAUCAACCUCCCAUCACACUACCGCCACACCCACUGUUGUCACGACGACCUCUAGUAGCAGCAAUGGCGAGCAAACCGUCAUUGUGGUCACCCAAUUUCAGACCGAGUCAGGAACAGCGACUGGCAGUUCAACCAGUGCGACCGGCACCGGUACCGACUCGCCCUCCUUGUCCGGCACCAGUGCAGCCUCUGGAUCAGGCGGUCUCUCUGAUAGCGGUAAGAUUGCUGUGGCCGUCGUCGUUCCCGUCGUCUCCGUCGCCUUGAUUAUCCUCGCCGCAAUCUUCUUCUGGCGCAAGCGCAAGGCCAACAAGGCCGCCGAGGAGGAGCGCCGCAAGGAAGUCGAAGAGUAUGGCUUCAACCCGAACAACGACCCGACCCUCCCCGGCAUGAUGGCAGCGGGUGGCAGCGUCGCCCCCAAGGACGACACCUCUUCUGGAUAUCGCGGUUGGGGCACCACCUCCGCCGGCCGCAAGGCCUCGACCAAUCUCUCCAGCGGCAUGGGCGGCCUGGCCAUGUCCGAAGGCAGCGGUGCUGGUGGAGCCUAUCACCACAACGCGACUCCCAGCGAAGGCACUGUGCAAUACUCUGACGGCCGUCCCGACUCCGGCGAAGUGGAACCCAUCGGUGUGCUGGGCUCGGCUCCCGUUGCUGCUAACAACCGUAACGGCGAUAUUCACCGCGGACCAUCGAAUGCUUCUUCCGCCUACUCUGCUGCUAACCGCUCCGAGGCUUCGGAGGAGAGCCACAUGUCUGCCGCGCACCCAUCGGGAGGAUACUACAACGAUAACCCGUACUAUGGUGAAAUGACUGGUCACGGUGCCUACGGCAUUGACGACUACCAGCCUGUCAUUCGGGAUGUGCAAGCGCGCCGGAACACGCGCAUCGAGAACCCUGGCGUGUACCCGCGCCAGGGUAAUGCGGGCAUUGCGCAGAACUUUUAG